CUGUCGUGGCAGGUGCUGCUGUAGCUCACACGGGGCUUGCAGAGCCUCCCUGCUUAUCUGGUUAUAAUUAUAGAGAGGUGACCUGGUUUCAGCACCGCGACUCGUCAACAGCUCCAGUGCACAGCGGAGAUUUGGCCAGCCCCUCCCCGCCCCGUGCGUCUGACAGAGCGGGUAGUCCAGGGCGCAGCCUCCGCGGCAGUUUCAGCACCAGCAGGCGGCCGGAGCGGAGCUGUCCAACACGUUCAGCACUUUGGUUCUGGAGGAGGGAACCCAAACCUCAGACAGCCAGGAUAUUAUCUUCCUCCUGGACACAUUACGAGACAGCUUAUUUCAGAAUGGCGUCAACAUACGUCGGCCUUUUCGUCCUUUUUCAGCUCUUAGCCCUGAAUGUAGUGAGCCAGAUAUCUGCCUUCCCCACACCUACAGCCACAACGGAUGAUAAAACUGUGUACAACAGACAGUUGACAGAAGAAAGACCAGUACAAGAGCAGAUUGCUGAGGUUGACAGCGUGAAGGCUGCAGUACAGUCAGCGGAGAGCAAGCGUUCGUCUGCCUCCAAGGACGCUGCAUCAGAGCAGGACCUUGAUGACUUCACCGUGCUGAAGUCCCUGGCCGAUGGCCAGAAAUCAAAGGAGGCCACUGAGGUGCCACCCAAGAAGGAGGACCAGUAUGUUCCAGAUGAAUCCGACUCGACCAAGAGUCGGCGUCUGGCUGAGGACUACGACUCCACCAAGAACGGGAUGGAUGACGGCAAGUACCAGGAUGACCCAGAAAGCUUCCGUCAGGUCGACGGCACUCCGCUGACAGCAGAAGACAUCGUCCAGAAGAUCGCAACCAAGAUCUACGAGGAGGACGACAGAGGGGUGUUUGACAGAAUCGUCUUAAAACUGCUCAAGCUGGGGCUGAUCACAGACAGUCAGGCAGACACUCUGGAGUACCAGGUGGCAGUUGCUCUGCAGGAUCUCAUCACCAAAAAUGCCAAAAAUAACGAGAUUGAGGACGUUGAAAGCAAUGAGCAAGAAACCAGGGGAGAGCAGGACGACCAGGGUGCAGACUCAAACAAGGACACAUGGGAGCCACCCAGACGCCGCUACUAUGAAGACGAGGAGGACGGGGAAGAAAACGAUGAUGAAGCUGAGGACGAGGUGGACAGGGAUGUAGAAGAAGAAGGGGGUGACACUGCUCCCAACACCUGGGACAAAGAUACUGAGGAGGGCAACGAGGUGAGCCCUGGAGACGGGCUCCAGGACCUGCAGUACUUCCCAAACUUCUACCGUCUGCUCAAGAGCCUCGACUCAGAUCAAGACAUUCAGGAGAGAGAGACACUGAUCACCAUCAUGAAGACGCUGAUUGACUUUGUGAAGAUGAUGGUGAAGUACGGCACCAUCACGCCUGAGGAGGGAGUGUCCUAUCUGGAGAACCUUGACGCUAUGAUCGCCAUGCAGACCAAGAACAAGCUGGGCAAGGCACUGGGGCCGCCUGACUUCACUGGACCCAACGGUAAAAGCUUGGAUGAGGACGACAACACCAAGGCCGAGGCCGCCAAGAUGCAGAAGGAGUAUGAGAACCUGAAAGACUCAACCAAGGAGGAGCAGCCAUCAACUGAGACCAAUCAGCCUGGCAAGUCAGAGACUUAUCUGGAGGCCAUCAGGAAGAACAUUGAGUGGUUGAAGAAACACAACAAAGAAGAAGGCAAAGAUGAUUACGACCUGUCCAAGCUGAAAGACUUCAUGGACCAGCAGGUGGACUCCUACAUUGAGAAGGGAAUCAUCGCCAAGGAUGAAGGCGACACCAUCAAGAGGAUCUACAGCAGCCUGUAAUGCCGUCGCCCAUCCUCCAUCCUCCCACCAACCUCUGGCCUAAAACACAGGACUAAAUCUGACAUUAACAUCUCAAACCAAACCCUGACUACUUUACCCAUGGCAUGGUAAAAUAUAUACUGUGUAUUCAAAACUACCUGCUUAGGGGAACUUGUUUACCCUCCCAGACAUUCCCAAAAUGUAUCAAGAAAUAGGGAUUUAAUAAUCAACAAAACAGUCAAAUGAUUCUUUACAGCUACCUAACUGAUUAUAUUUGCACGCCAAGAUCGCAGAGUAAUAAUCAUUAGAAUAUUAUUGAAAGAAAAUCAAAUUAUUUUAUGUAACCAACUCACACGUCCAACUAAAUGCUAGCAUUUACUCCAACCUGACUCCUGUGGGAAAUGAAUGUUAUGAGAGUAUGAUGCUGUAGCUUUGUCAUCAACCGUUUCCAACACUUUUUUUGCAACAAAAUGCACAUAUAUCAAAUUGUACUCAUUCUGUGUAACCUGUCUUAGCCGAUUAUAUUUCCUUUUUCCGGUGUAUAUGUAAGAUCUUAAUGUAUUUUUGCUUUUUAUUUUACCAAAAAUCUAUUUGUUGUGUAUCAUGUCGGUGCCCUCCGUACUUCUAUUAUGUUCUGCUGUAAUUCUUCUGGGAGCCACUAGAGGGCUGUGUUUGUAUCAUCUCUGCAUGUCUCUGUGAGUUCAACAUUUCCAUCUCUGUAGAGACUCAAGAUAAGUAUUUUUAAAUGUAAAUAUUUGUGAUUUUUUCCUAAAGUUUAAAAGCAAUUAAAACAUUGCCUUUUCUU